AUGGAACGGAUUUACAAUGCUAAGAGGUGUCCGGAUGAGAACCGCUUAGCUUUCACGGAGUAUUUACUCACUGGAGAAGCAAGCCACUGGUGGGCGAGCGUGAAGGCUAUACUUACGGACGCUCACAGACCUAUUACUUGGGAAGUUUUCAGAAGCAAAUUCUAUGAGGAAUACUUCCCAGAUAGCGUUCGUUUUGCUAAGGAGGUGGAAUUUCUUCAGUUGGUGCAGGGAGGAAUGUCAGUUUUAGAGUAUACAAAUAAGUUCAAGCAUCUGGUGAGGUUCAAUACGAUGGCUACUAGUGAAGAGUGGCAAUGUAGAAAGUUUGAAAAUGGACUGAGAAGUGAUCUGAAGGUGUUAAUCUCAAGUCUAUGCAUUCGGUCGUUUCCAGCCAUGGUUGAGAGGGCCAAAGUGUUAGAGAAAAAUAUGGCUGAGGUGGAACAACACAAGAAACUACAGGCGUCAAGAGGACCAAUUCUGUCGAGGCCUAAUGUGAAUCGGAACAGGACCCCAUACGCUCGUCCAACUCAGUCAAGUGGUUCGCAAGCUAUGGUAGUUGCUGGACAAGCAAACCAACAGGGGCCAGUUAGAUGUUUCCAGUGUGGAGGACCCCAUUUUAGAUCAUCAUGCCCUCAAUUGGUUGGAGUAAAGUAUUGUAAUCGGUGUAGAAGAAAUGGACAUCUGGAGAGUGAAUGUAAUAUGGGCGGACGCGCUGUGAUGAGGCCGCCGAACGCUGGAAGGAACCAGCAAGGCAGAGGUGGUCGAGCCCAAGCUGUUGGGCGUGUCUAUGCAAUUACUGGAGCGGAAGCAGCGAGUUCAG